AUGUAUUCCCCGACGAAACUUAUUGCUUGCACGCUGAUUUUUGCCCAGCUACUGGGCACCAUUUAUUGCGGAAUAUACGAUUAUACGGAUCGCUGGGUCCUCUCCGAUAAGGCGCAGAACUUCCCCGAAAACGCUGUUCUAGGCGGCAUUGAUUCGUACGGUUAUGAUAACUACGUGGCACGCGUCCCAUAUGCAAACUCUAUUGUGCCAGCCCGGGUAAGGUCCGAAACGGGAUACACAACUUUUAACACCGACUCCGUAGCUAAUCAGGCGAUUUCCUACGAGUUGCUGGUCGCCAAUGAGACCGUCAACUAUUACUGGGUGCGCAGCUAUGACGGCUUCAGGGAAAAGAAUUCUGUUUCCGUGGGUACAAACGCCUUGAACGAACGCGUUUACGUCUGCCGCGCCAGAACUGAUGGCGGCCUUUUCAUUGGCACCCUGUAUCUUGCGCAAAAGGUGUGUUUCAUCCGGUACGAGAAUUUCCCCAUGAGAGAGAUCAGUAAAUACGAGGUACUGGUCCGAAAAGUUACGCCGGCAGCGUGGAUGCCAUUUGACAAUCAAAUUAACUGA